AAUUGUGUACCACAUUAGUAAUAGUUGUAUCCAAGGAAACUUCCGAAAUAUUUUUAGUGUAAUGCGCAAUAUUUUUUUCAAAGAAACAGCACACGGAAUUAUAGCGGUAGAAUUUUUUAUUUUCAUCAGUGCCUUUCUAAUAACUUACCUACGAAAGAACAAUAUUCAACAUUCUACAUUGUACUACGUUGUCUUUCUUGUUAAAAGAUACAUCAGGUUGACUUUUAUGGUUCUUUGUUUUGUGGCAUUCGCAAUAAUACUACCUAUUCUUCUGAAUGAUUGCAAUUGGCAUUUCCUUAUAUACCAUGUAAAGAUUGUUGAACUGAAUUGGUGGAAAUUAGUAUUACACAUUUAUAACUUUGAAAACAAUUUCUUUCUUACAAUAAUUCAGUACGUGUGGAUAAUGAAUGCAACUUUACAACUAAAUAUCAUUACUGCACCGAUAUUAUUCAUUCUAGAUAGGUGGCCUAAAAUUGGAAUUAUAACAAUAAUCACUUUGAGCUUAAUAGGAUUUUCUACAACUGCUGUGUUAAUUUUAACUUAUAACUGCACAUUCGUACACGGAUAUUCCACCGAUGUUCAGUAA